AUGUCGCAUCUUACAAAUUCAUUCGCUAAAACUAAACACCUUCGUGUGGGUAAUACAUAUGCGGACAUCGUUCGCAGAGGACCUGGUCCACAGUCUUUAGGUAGCCUGGCAACGUUGCGCGCAGAAGAGGAGGAAAAGAAGGGAGGAAGGAACGAUCCCAGCGUGAGUACCUUCCACUUUCCCAGUUUGCGGUCGCAGUCAACAAACGCUGGUAUCCAAUCAUUAGCCGAAAAGGACCCAGAAGCUCAUGGUCGCUCUCUUGUGCAGGAACUCGACAAAGCGUGCAAUGUCCCCCUCCCCCUCUCACCUGUUGCAAGUCCAACCACCACCAGCCCUAUCAUUACAACUCCUUCACCCAAGGGUAAGGGUAAGGGCAAGGAAUUGGACCCAACCGCAUCCCCAUAUUGCGGCUUCACCAUCUAUCCUGAAAAUCAGAUACUCGGUCACGAACCUGAGGCCAGCUACGAUACGAGCGCGCUUCUAGCAGCUUUCACUCCCGAACGACCUGUCGCUGCUCCCUCUCCAGUCGACUCGGAUCUACAAUCCACGCAGUCGACCAAGGAUCGCCGCACUACCGCCAUGUCGCAACUCAAGGACGCUCUCGGCGGCAACUAUCCAGCUGGAGGCGUUACGGGUCAAGAUGCAUUUGAUUAUAUUGACUGGGACCCCGAUCUACCAUCUGCCUCGGGCGCGGACUCUCCUGAGCCCGUCGCCCUCAAGCCGCAACCGGUGGUCACAUAUACGACGGUUGGUUCUCUCGUUGACCCCAAUGCGAAGCCAACCUUUGCUGCUCCAAACCGCAUCCAGCGGGAAGGUGCCAGCAGACAACCCUUGAUCUCGGCCAUGCAACGAGCCCAUCAGUUCGAGGCCUUCCAUCGUGCAAUGAAUCCGCCGCCGCCGACCCCAUCAGCUUUGAGCAUGUCCAACUCGAUGGCAUACACUCAGCAGAUUGCAAAGAGCCCAGUUCAUGCAUCGAGGCCAACUCUCCAAUCGCCGCAGAUCUUGCAACGUCCUUCUCGAACCACCCCGUCUCAUCAAAUGCCUCCCUUGUCCGACAAAGAGAUGGAGACAUUGGCUAGAAUUCAGAACCCCCAGAUGAUGUCUGGCAAUGUUGGCAAUGCUGGCAAUCAACCCAAGACCCCUUCUACUACGUCCACAUCGUCUAGCAAACUCUGUGCUGUGGCUCCACCCUUCGCGACCAAGGAACACACCGAUGCCGCCGCCGCAUAUUCAUCAGUGGGUAGUUUGUCCCAAGGUAUUAUGGACAAUUUGGGUCUAGGCCAAGGUAGUGUGGGCCAAGGCAACUCAAACGUGAGCUCUCGUACCGAGAAUGAGCGGAGAUAUGAACAGGCUAUUGACGCAGCAUCCAAGUUUGAAAAUGCCCUUACGGAUCUCCUCACAAGUAAGUCAUACCUUGAUCCCAUAUCUGGCUAUUCCCUAACCAUUUUUAGUUCGCCCUUCGAUUCAAAAUGAAAAUGUUCCACCUGGUUUCCUAGAUAGAACCUAUCAGUUCCCACCCCCUGGUCUUCAAGCUCCACGAGCAGUACAAACCAACCCUCUUCUUGGUGCCCAGACUACAUUAACAGUUCGACCCGCCGGUAGUCGCAGCCAUCCUCCAGGAUAUCCACAACCUCUUACUGCUGGACCACCUGGUCAACGACAAGCCAACCCUCGAGCAACGCCAACUCCCCUUGAGAACAUCUGGAACACAACUCAAUCUGACUAUACCAGCAACACCUCCCACGAUCCUCUCUCUGGCAAUACCCGAUUGAGCCCAUUCUGGCCAAACUACUACGCCGCCGUCGUCACGAGCAAUGUCUAUGCCACCGGACAAUGUCAACUUCCAGCCGCAAUCAGAGCAGAGCGCAAGAGUUCCAAAGAUCUGAACUCACGCUACAUUGACCCAUUUGCUCCCAAGCCAAUUAAUGAUACCCUUCCUCCUGAUGCAGUUGCAAAAUACUUCCCAUGGGGUAUUCCAAGUGAUAUGACGGGUGUCUGGCAGCCGAUGUCGGAUGAAAACCAAAAGAAGAUUGAUGGUUUGGAGCUUACCCCUACAGAAUUAAAGGCUCGAUCGCAAAGAGAGCUUGAUGACAAUUUCUACUAUGGUCAACGUAGAUAUGCAACCAUGGAUGGAGAGGCAUAUGUCGCAGAGCUUGAAGAACGUCAGAAUGCUGCCAUCAACCCCUUUGGCCCUAUUGCCCCUCCAAAGAAGGUUUAUCCUGCCGGACCUGCAGCUACACCGCAAAUUUCCGUGGAGGAGAUGGAGAAGAUGUCGAUUGCGGAAGCUGCCAAACCUGGUUUAGAUGCCGCUUUUGGUACACUACUCAGUUAUCGAUAUAUUGAGCAAGGCCCUACCUCCCGAUCUCAUCUCAGCCAAUUCGUCACAGCUCCCAAGUGGCAAAUUGAUGACAGCGAAAAGGGUAACCAAAGUCUCUUUGGCGAGGAUUGGGGUGCCCCACCAAAGCGAUUUGGCAGAGAUUCUCGACGUCAACCUCCUUACUGA